CUUGCGAUAUAAAGAGGGACGUUUUAUCAGAUCAUUGGGGACAUAGAGAGAAACAGAGAUGAAAAUAAAUGUAAUUUGCAAAUGAGCUGGGGGACGCACCACAUAAACUAGUUAGGGAGUCGUAACGCCCUGGGACAAGAAGUGUUUAGAAAAAUCCAGCUCGAAACAUCAACCAAGGGACUUUUAAGGAAGCAUCAUGCCUCGUUCACAACUUUUAUUUAUUCUCAUGUGUUGUCUUCCUUUGGCAGCCUGUUUGCACUGUUACACCUGUAUGUUUCCAUCCAUCUCUCCUCUGGACUGCUUAAAGUUUCCUGUGGAGUGUCCAGCUGGCCAGCGCUGCCUCUCCAGCGUAGCGACAGGAACACGAGGCCCACUACAGCUGACGUUGUACGAAAAAAGCUGCGCAGUUGCCUCCCAGUGCGACGUGAGUGGAGAGAAAUACACGUCAGGGGUCUCCUUCAACUACACCAACGUGUGCUGCGAUACCGACCUGUGCAACGGUGCCGUGUCCGUUACUGCCCCCAGCUUGGUGGGAGUGGUGCUCUGCCUGCUGCCUGCGCUCGGGCUCCUGCUGGCCUGAGCAGCAGACGAGACGAUGCAGUUUUAUCCUCGAUAAAAAAUUUUUUUUAAAAAUGAAACACAUCUGUCACCGACUGAUUUACUAUGAAGAUGUUUUAUUGGGACAUUAAUAAACCCUACUUCGUAAGAUGUUUAAAGUACAAAAUACAUUUCAGCUGCGCUAGUAGUUUGCCUUGAUCGAUGAUUUAAGCCAGCUGAUUGUGUGUCAGCACUUUUACUUUUGAUCAAGUGGACUUUGAAGUUUAGAUGUUUUUGACUACAUGAUGGCAAAAUGAGUGGAAAAAAAGACAAUAAAAGGCUAAAAUAGUAAAAGAUGGUUAAGAAACAAAGCAAAAAGCACAGUUUGGAUAACAACGGACAUGGAUGACAUAUAUAUAUAUUCUUUAAAAAAAAGUUAAAACAGUUAAUUGAGAAACAAACUAUGCAUUUAAUGAUUUGUCUAAUUUAACAUAUUAAGUGGUCCCUGAAAUUACAUCAAGUCCUACAGUCUUCCACACACGGAGAGAAGAAAUACUACAAUAUAUUAGCACUAAAAUUAUUCAGACUCUGUCCCUUUAAACAUCAUUCCACUUUAAAAAAUAGAUAAAAAUCCAACAAUUCAGUCAAGUACAAUGCAUCAUCUACUUGAUCAAUACCAAGCAUGUCAUUGCGGAGGGAUUACAACCUCUGUAGAAAAAUAAUUGACUUUGCUCCCGCUGUUUUUCUAAUAAAGUUUAACUCAA